AUGGCGUCAGAUGAGCGGCUGGCCCGCUUCCGCCAGGCUCACCUGAACCCCUUCAACAAGAGCCCUGAGCAGCUGGAGCGCCCCGACGAAGAAUCCCCUGCCCCAGGUGGACUCCACUUUGCAGCCCAGCAGCCGGAUCCCACCCCAGGGGACCCCGAGGGCACCCUGGACCUGGGACUGGCCGAGGACCACUUCUCCCGCCCCGUGGGGCUGAUCCUGGCAUCGGACGUGCCGCAGCUGCGCCGGGCCAUUGAGGAGUGCAAGCGGGUGAUCCUGGCGCUGCCCGAGCACUCGGAGCGGCAGAAGGACGCGGUGGUUCGGCUCAUCCACCUCCGCCUCAAGCUGCAGGAGCUGAAGGACCCUGGUGAGGACGAGCCCAACAUCCGGGUGGUCCUGGAGCACCGUUUCUACAAAGAGAAGAGUAAGAGCGUCAAGCAGAUGUGUGACAAGUGCAGCACCAUCAUCUGGGGGCUCAUCCAGACCUGGUACACCUGCACAGGCUGCUACUACCGGUGCCACAGCAAGUGCCUGCCGCUGGUGAGCCGGCCGUGCGUGCGGGCCCAGGUGAGCCACCAGGCCGAGUACCAGCUCAGCAUCUGCCCCGAGAGUGGACUGGACAGCCAGGACUAUCGCUGUGCCGAGUGCCGGGCCCCCAUCUCCCUCCGGGGGGUGCCCAGCGAGGCCCGGCAGUGCGACUACACCGGCCUCUACUACUGCUCCAGCUGCCACUGGAACGACCUGGCUGUGGUGCCCGCCCGUGCCAUCCACAACUGGGACUUCGAGCCCCGCAAGGUGUCACGGUGCAGCAUGAGGUACCUGGCACUCAUGGUGUCACGGCCGGUGCUGAAGCUGCGGGAGAUCAACCCACUGCUCUUCAACUACGUGGAGGAGCUGGUGGAGAUCCGAAAGCUGCGCCAGGACAUCCUGCUGAUGAAGCCCUACUUCAUCACCUGCAAGGAGGCGAUGGAGGCGCGGCUUCUGCUGCAGCUGCAGGACAGGCAGCACUUUGUGGAGAACGACGAGAUGUACUCGCUGCAGGACCUGAUUGACAUCGAGGCCGGGCGCCUCGGCUGCUCCCUCACCGAGAUCCACACGCUCUUUGCCAAGCACAUCAAGCUGGACUGUGAGCGAUGCCAGGCCAAGGGUUUCGUCUGUGAGCUGUGCCGGGAGGGUGAUGUGCUCUUCCCCUUCGACAGCCACACCUCGGUCUGCGCCGACUGCUCCGCUGUCUUCCACAGGGACUGCUACUACGACAACUCCACCACCUGCCCCCGGUGCGCCCGGCUGAGCCUGCGGAAGCAAUCCUUGUUCCAGGACUCCAGCACGGAGGCAGAGUCCUGAGGGGGGUGGUUUAGCCCCAUUGUGGGGUCUCAGGCCAAAGACUGCCCCUCAUCCACCACAGAGCCCUGGGAUGGACACAAUCAACCCUAUGGUGGUUUGGGGACGGGGGCGGCCCUGGCUCUGGGAUCCUCUGCUCAUGGAAAUGGCAGCACUGCCGGGAGGGAAUCACUGCUGGACCCCAGCCAUUCCCGGGAGCAUGGAGAGCCUCAUCUCUGAAGGGGCCAGGAUUAGGUUAACUGGGAUUGGGUUAAGCCCCUGCAGCGGCUCCUGCCGUCCCUGCCUGGAACCGGGGUGCAGGCCAGGGCUGGUGCUGCACUGUUCUGGAGUGACAGCUGCUGUCAGGAGGGCUCAGCCCUGGCGCCGGGAUGGGACCGAGUCCCUCCCACACACAAUACUGGACUCUGCUCCCUCCCCAGCCCACGGCACCACCGUUACCGGGACCGAGCCCCGGGGGG